AUGAUUUUAGGUUGCUUCAAAGAAUGCUCUGUAAAGUGUGAUGAUGGAUAUUCCUUUGCUUCUCGUGAACAUUACCAAAAGUUUCUUCAACCCUUAAUCUUAGCAGCCGCCACAACCAGACGUCCAGUGGUAACUACUCGACCCACAACUAGACCUCCUCCAGUAACUACUCGAGCUCCCGUAACAACUAGACCACCUGUCACAACUACUAGACCACCUGUCACAACUACCCGACCCCUAAUAACUACAACAAAGCCUGCAGUCAUAACUACUAGACCGCCUACAAUAAGUUGGACUUGGCCAAUCUGGACGCUUCCACCUUUUGAACCUGAAACCACUACAACUCAAGAAACUGAAGCAACGGAGGAACCUAAUGAUGAUUAA